CACAAGAAAAGCUUCCUUUACCGCAGGGCGAAACUAUCACGAAAGCACCGCAACUUAGCGCAGAAUAACGUUGCCAUUGUAUAGUGUCUAGAUCCGUCGACAUCCCUCAGACGAAGCGUAGGUGCUGAUGAAUCGGGAUGAUGACUCGCAACAAGCUCUUCCAUUGACCAUUGGGUCCAAAAUUGAGCGUAUAUAAGCUGCCCGAAAGUGCUCUCAGUACCAAAUUUACUAUCCAUCAUCUCAUUCUCAUCUCAGUCCAUCGGGUCACAGUCUUGACGGCGUCGACCUUUAAUACCUUAUUCAAACCAAUCAUUAAUAUUACCAAACUGCCAAAAUGCGCGUUCCUCAGCUCAUCCUCUCUCUCUUCCUCCUCUUUACCUUCGUCGUUGCUCUGCCCGUGCCGGCACCGGUAGACGCCCUUGUCGAGCGGGCACAAAGCGCGUCUAAGAAGGGCAGCGCGGCGGGCAGAAAGAAGGAGGCCGCUGGCAUCGACAAGAAUAUCAAUAUUCAAAAGCAGGAGCAAAAGGACGUCAAGAAGGUUCAAAAGGCCGAAGGCACAAAGGACUUCAAGAAGCAAUCGGGCCAGCUCAAUAAGGACAUUGCCAAGGGACAGAAGCAACGCGAGAAGAACCAGAAGAACGCGGAUCCCAAGAACAAGCCAUUGAAUGACGGUCUCAAGAAAGUUCAAGGUGCACAGGCCAAGGAGGCGAAGCAGGCCAAGGGCCUGAAGGGCAAUAAUUCUAAGCAAGAUAAGGCCACCCUUAAUAAGCUCUCGGGCGAGUUUAAGGGCGGUGAGCAGCAGAACAAGAAGAACAAGCAGGCGCUCAAUGGCGGCAAGGGUGGCAAGAAGGGCGGAAAGAGGGACGUGGAGGAGGCUGAGGAGAUUGAGGUGAUGGAGUAGGAAAUACUCUGAAGGGCUUCACCCGAUAAGACACGAGUCACGUUGGCCCAAUGUCUAUAGACAAGUUAUAAUCCACGAGCUAUAAUCUACGAC